AUGGGAAUCGAUGCCGGCUUCGACAUGGUCCCGUGUCUCUCCACAAGCAAAGUUGACAAGCAGAGCUGGGCGAAAUUCAUAAAUUUUGUCAAAGAUAAUUACAAAGACGACGUCCAUGUUGAGAUCAAGCCGAAUUACAUUUUGUUCAAAGUGGGUGAGCACCCGUCGCUCCCUUUCGAAGGCCACAAGCUUCUGCGUUUCAGCUCAGAAGUUUCUGGAUCGAGCCAAGCACAGGGUUACAUAGAUACUGUCGGACGUUUCGCGAGGACUCACUUCGGAUCGCGCGUUCAGUACUGGCAUGAGGCGUCUGAUUCGUAUGGCAAGUAUGGCUGGGCAGAGGUACAUGAGUCAAUCAAAUCAUACGAAAAGGUGGACGAACCGGAAGACAGUGCGAUAAUUGAAAGCUUGCCCAAAGCAGAUAUCCCUGUUAGUGAUACAGACAUGCCAAUCUUCGAGGUGAAGGACAUUCCAGGCAAGGGUAGAGGUCUUCUCGCUCGUGUCGAAAUACCCAUGGGGACCCAAAUCUUUUGCGAGCAGCCACUUCUCACAGGUCGUCCCCUACAUCCCAGAGAGAUGGAGACUUAUCUUGCCGCAGGCUUGAAGGCACUGCCUAAACAAGAACAACGACUGUUCUUGUCUCUUCAAAACAACUACCCGGGAAAGUUCCCGUUCAGUCAUACCUUCAAGACAAACGCGCUGCCGUGUGGUCCAGACUCACCAAUCGGUGCAGUCUACCCAACGAUAUGCUUCAUCAACCACAGCUGCAUUCCCAACGUACAUCACAGCUGGGAUACGAAGGCGAAGCACGAAACCAUAUACGCAAUUCGGCCAAUCGCAGCUGGAGAAGAGAUCACAAUCAUGUACGACAGUGGAGGUCCAUUCGAUAUGCGUCGCGCAUUCUUAAGGGAGUCUUUCAGCUUCGAUUGUAACUGCCGUGCAUGCUCUUGCCAACCAUCCUUGAUCAAAGAAAGCGACGUCCGCCGUCGGUCAAUCCAGAGCCUGGACGAGGCCAUUGGAGAUCCAUACUGCUUAAUGUCAAGACCUGCUGAAAGCCUGAAAAAUUGCCAGUCGCUACUCCAAGUCUUGAAAGAUGAGUACGAAGGAUAUGCCGGUGUCCUAAACGCAAGGGUGUAUUACGAUGCAUUCUAG